AUGCCUUCUAUACGGUCCUCGGAUUCCGCAAAGGCCUAUUGGGCCUUCGCUGCCCUUGGCCCUUUCGCUAUCUAUGCUUUGUACGCCCAUCGAUUCCACACCCUCUGGUGGAACGAUGUUGAGAAACCGGAAAGAUGGGGCUUUGCAAAAAAUCAAGUCACCCCGUUCACACUUGAAGCUCCUGACGGCCCGGCUCUAUACUGCUGGCAUAUCCUACCGCUGUCCGUGUACACGCCAAACGAAGCUGUCCUCAGCCGGGCCUCACCGGUUCCAUUAGAGAAGCAUGUAUCGUCAGAAGCCUUUAGACUGCUUAGAGAUGAUCCAGACGCCCGCCUCAUCCUAUCCUUCCACGGCAAUGCAGGCCACAUCGCCCAGAACACCCGCGCACCACAGUAUCGCAUGCUCACUGACAGCGCCUACAAAUGGCAUGUCAUCGCGCUCGACUACCGUGGAUUUGGCCACAGUACUGGCUCACCCUCCGAGGAGGGCCUCAUCACUGACGCCUCCACACUCGUCGACUACGCCAUCACUACCCUCAGGAUACCACCAAGCCGUAUACUGAUUCUAGGUCAGAGUCUGGGCACCGCGGUAUCCUCAGCAGUUGCCGAGAAGUUCUCGCGGGAAAAGGGCAUCGACUUCGCUGGCGUGGUGCUUGUCGCGGCUUUCAGCAGCCUGCCAACCAUGUUAGCAAGCUACUCCCUUGGAGGAGUAGUUCCCCUCCUCAAGCCUCUGAACAUAUGUCCGCCCUUGCUCCGCUUCUUUCUUCGCUUCGUGGUAGAUAAGUGGAAGUCUCUGGACCGCCUCGCCGCUCUGACUGCGCAGACCCGUGAACGAAACGGCAGGUUGAGAAUAAGCCUCAUUCAUGGGGCUGACGAUUGGGAUAUACCCUGCGUGGAAAGCGUCAAGAUUUUUGAAGCAACAGCACGGGCGUCAGUCGAGAAUGGAAUGGACGAGCCUGUGUUCCUAGAAACGAAGGACGCGAGAACGGAGGUGAGAGGGGAGAAGGCUUUCAAGAUCAUCUGGCGCGAAAACAACAUCACAAUCACGCACGAACAAUUCGCAUUUGGGGGGCACAACGAUAUCAUGGUCUACGCGCCUGUACCCCAGGCUGUAAUGACCAUACUUGAGACUGGGACGGUGGCCGGCUCAUCGGCUGUGUAG